AUGACAUCUUCGAAAAUUAAAGGAUUUCAACUAGUAAAGAAACUCCGCCUACUCGAAGAUGAUGUCCAAGCUGCGAAAAACAUGAGGGAGAAUUUGAUGAACGAAAAUGACAAUCUCCAAGAUCAAAUCGACCAAAUUAUUUUCCAAAUAGAAGAAAUUCGCGCAAAUGAUAUUAAACUGUAUGAUGAGAAUCAAGAAACUAAUGAUAACGUUGAUGAAACUGCUCAAGCUACAUUUUUCGGAAAUUUAAACGAAUUAGAAAGACAAGAAAAUGAGAUUAAUGGCCAAACUGAACAAUUUAAGAAGCAAUUAUCAGACUUUACUCAUGAGUUUGCCACAGAAAAACAAAAACAAAAGUCUCUUAGAGAAAAAUUACAAAAUGUACAAACAAAUUAUGAAAUUCAAUAUGAAAUUACGACGAAAGCACAAUCAGAUUUAGAUGUUGCCAAGGAAGAAUCACAUAAACUCUACGAACAAAUCAAUGAAUUAUCUGAUUCUCAUUCUGAAGUUAAAGCUGAGCUUGAAAAGAAGGAAAACAUGUACAAAUACAGCGAUGAUGCAAUAAAUAACAAUCUUAAGAAAGAAAAACAAAGACUUUUAGAAGAGAAAAGAGCAUUAUAUGAUAAACUCGAUAAAAUGGAUGCAAAUCUCAAGAAAACACAAGAUUUACAUGAUAAAAACGUAAUUAAUACAGGGAAUUCGAUCAAACAGAAGACUUCCGUUGGAUCUUGGCUUGCAGAUCGAAAAAUACUUCUUGAUAAGAUCAAAAAGAAGAAGACUGUUUUGGCUACUGAGAAAAGUUCCCUUCAGAGAGAGAAAACAAUGACUCAAAAUCUCCAAUCUCAAUUUAAAUCUUUGUUCGGCCAAACAGACCCGGGUGAUGGAUCCAGUCGUUUAGCAAAGCUUGUUGUACAAGCUGAAAUCGAUUCGAUUGUGUCAGAAGAUCCUUCAAUUGAAGAAGAUAUCAACUCCGAAAAGGAUUAUAAUGCUACAUUAACAGAAGAGUAUAACAGAAUAAUGAACACUCUUAAAGAGCUCGAAAGACACCGUAAUUAUAUUAUCAAUGACCUAAAUGAAGAAAGAAUUGAAUGUGAGAGGAAAGGAUACUUAAAUAUGCUGCAAGAAGAACUCAAUGUUCUCAUAUCUUCAGCAUCCCACUAA